AUGCAUAAAAUUUUAAGAUCAAUAAAAUCGAUCAAAGGUUCAAGAUUUACAAAUAAAUUACCUACCUAUUUAGAAAGAUUAUAAUAGUAAGAAGAAAUGGAUCGAAAAACAAAUUUAGAUGUCUUAAGGAGAGAAGUUUUUAAUGAUUCAAUAUAAUUACCAAUCAAAUUUGCUGCCUAUUAUAUUACUAAGUAUAUUUAAUUUUAUUAAUAGCUAAUAGACUUUUUGGGCUGAAUUAACAAGAUCUAUGAUUGAUGCAAGCAAUCAUCUAAUUUUAUUUGCAACCAAUUAUAUUAAUUAUGGUAAUUUUAUCAUUUAUAUAUUAGGGCCUAAUAAGUAAUUUCCAUAUGGAAUAGAGAAAGUAAAACAUUUAGUAGCUUUAAUUCCAUCUGCCUUGUUUCUAUACUUUGGUGCUUCUAUUUCAUAUGAGUCAUUUCUUAAUAUUUAUAAUUAUGGUCAUUAUGUUGGUGAAAUACAUGGCAAUGCAUGGGGAUUAGCUGUAUUCCUAUUUCAUUAUUGGAUAGUUAUAUUUACUAUCCAUAGGUAUAGAAACAAGUGUAGUUUUCAAAAAUAUUAGAGAUGCAUAAGCUGUAGAUUCAAAUAAUGAAACUAAAACAGGAUUGUUUAAAUAAUUCUUAUCUGUAUUUUAAAAGAAAGAUCCAGUCUUAUAAGCAAUUCUUUAUGAGAAUGCUAUUACUCUGGGAUCCACUUUAAUUCCUUUAUUGUCUUCUGCAUUCACUUUGAUCUAUCCAACACAUGCAUUUGAAAUUGUGGGAUCUUUGGCAAUUGGCUUAAUUUAAUUGUAUUAUUAAAUGAUUAAUAUAUCUUAGAUAAUUAGCCUAUCACUUAAGUGCAUAGAAUUUAAGUUCCUUAAUGGGUGAAUAAUCUAUAAGUGAUCUGGAAGUCAAGAAAAUAUUAGAAAUUAUUAAGCAAAAUCAAUAUGUCGAGAANGUACUUAAAUUAUAAAUAGAAAAUGAUCUCGAAAUAAUUCGAAAUAAUUUUCAGGUGUUUUGGAAAUAUACAAAUUUAAUAAAUUACCUUAUUAAUGAAAUAUAUUUAUUAAGUAUAUAUUUAUGA